AUGUCGGGCGCUGUGGGCCGAGAGGCAGUCUUCCCGACUCGCCAGUCGCUAGGUUUGAUGAAGUCCAAGCUCAAGGGAGCUGAGACCGGACACAGCUUGCUGAAGCGAAAGAGUGAAGCCUUGACAAAGCGUUUCCGAGAGAUUACACGACGCAUCGAUGAGGCCAAACAAAAGAUGGGACGUGUCAUGCAGAUUGCUGCGUUCUCGCUGGCUGAAGUGAGCUACGCAGUCGGUGGUGACAUCGGGUAUCAGAUCCAGGAGUCUGCCAAACAGGCUCGCUUCCGAGUACGAGCCAAGCAUGAGAACGUCUCUGGGGUGUUCUUGCCUCAAUUCGAGAGCUACACCGAGGAAGGGGUCAAUGAUUUCGGCUUGACUGGCCUAGGUAAGGGAGGUCAGCAGAUUCAACGUUGUCGAGAGACGUACGCGCGGGCCGUGGAGACCUUGGUCGAGCUGGCUAGUUUACAGACUGCUUUCCUUAUUUUGGAUGAGGUGAUCAAGGUCGUCAACCGGAGAGUCAACGCCAUCGAGCAUGUCAUUAUUCCUCGAACUGAAAACACCAUUAAAUACAUUAACUCCGAGCUGGACGAGCUCGACAGAGAGGAAUUCUACCGACUCAAGAAGGUUUCAGGCAAGAAACAGCGUGACACUGCUGCAGCAGAUGCUGAGAUUCUUGCAGCUCGGCAAGCACAGGCCGAGAAAGACGCAGCCUCCGGCACGACCACAGAUACAACGGCGGAUGAGCAGACCGAAGCACCUGAUAUCCUCGGCGAGCAGGAAGAUAACGACGUGAUUUUCUAA